UUGAACAAAAUGUCUCAGUAAAUAAGGUCAUAAAACAUGACCACCAAGGAAAGGACUUACAGGUCCGGGGAACUUACUCCACCUGUUUAGCGAGGCAUUUUACUAAACAUUGAUCGUUGAAGAUUCAAGGUCUUUCACUGGUACCUUUCAUUUCCAUCAGUUCAUUUCUGCACUAUGAUGGAUCUACAUACUCAGACGGGGUGUCUUGGCUUGAGUCUCAACUAUUAUUGUAAUACCACGUAUCAGGGGAAAGCCAUUUUCUUCAAUUGGAUUUACGGCCACGGAGGCCGGACAAUAUAAUAUGUGCGCUCACUCAUGUAGUAGAGGUUACAAAAAGCUCGCUGCGUCGCUCCUCAAUUGCUCUCACACCCAACCCAGAUCCUCAAGAUUCUUGUACCUUUCUCUUCGACAUGGAAUUCUCCACGGGCAUAGCCUUGGGUCAUUCUACCAGCUCACUAGUUGUAACUAUCUUAGCUUCUUAUGUCGCGUAUCUCAUUGUCGGCGGCAUAAUACAAUCACAUCGUCGUCGUGUUAAAGCUAAGAAGCUCCAAUGUUUGGACCCUCCCGCCUUGAAGAACAGACUUCCUUUCGGCAUUGACCACGUGAAUCGAUCUCUUAACGCUCUCGCGACGAAUUCCUUCCCUGUUCACUGUCAAAAUAACCACAAAGAACUCAAUGCUCUCACCUAUAGCACUUCAAUACUUGGCAAGAAAGGCUUCUCCACCAUCGACGAAGAUAACAUCAAAGCCGUACUUGGAACACAAUUUCAAGAUUUUGAUUUGGGCGCAGAAAGACGCGACAACUUGAGGCCAUUCCUAGGCUUUGGUAUAUUCGCACAAGAUGGGAAACAUUGGGAACAUUCGAGAGGACUCUUGAGACCACAAUUCGCGAGGGAUAAUCUUAGUGAUCUAGAGAUGGAAGAGCGACAUUUCCAGGUUUUGUUGCAGGCUUUACCUAAAAUAGGACAAGAUGGUUGGUCAAGCGAAGUGGAUAUCCAACCAUUACUGUUUCGAUUCACCUUGGACGCGGCAUCGGAUUUUCUGUUGGGCCAGAGUGUCAACAGCCAGCUUUUAGGAAUGGGAACUGCUCCUGACGACACUGUAGAAGAUUUUGGGAAGGAAUUCGAUACUGCUAACAAGGCCGUGGCGCAAAGAGCAAGAUUUAAUCCGUAUAGUGUAUGUAUGAUUCGCUUUUGGCUUCACAUUCCUCAAUCUUCAAGGCGCUCUGAAUGCCUCAUUUUCUGUACUAUCUUCCCCCACUACUACAGCUCAAGUCAUCUGUCUCCUCUUUUUGAAAUUCCCCUGCGACAGGAUGGCCAAAAGUACGCACUGCAGUUCAACAAUGAGAGGGUUUUGAAUCCGUUUGAGAGAUUCAGGUUGGAAGGAAUCCAAUCUUCGAAAUCAUUUCAAUUCUUUUAUAGCUCGCGUUUUGGUCUGCUGAUCCGAACUACUAAAUAUCCUGCCCUAACAUGGCCAUUGCUAACUAUCCCAUAUCAUAGUGGCUGAUAUGGCCAAAAGGAUUCGCGAAGGCUAUCUCAGUUUGCCAUAGAGCCAUUGAUCGGAUCGUUGCCGAACAUUUAAAGGAGAUUAAGAAUCCACAAAAAGUAAAAAAUUCGGACCGCUACGUCUUCUUCAAAUCCUUGGCAGAGCAAACACAAGAUCCGAUAGAACUACGCACACAGGUAUUAAACAUCUUGCUUGCGGGCCGCGAUACAACUUCGUCACUCAUUGGAUUUACCCUUCUAUCACUUGCCCGAGAUCCUGAGCGAUACAAAAAAUUGCGAGAGGUUAUCGUGAACGAAUUUGGAACUUUCAAUGACCCAAAAAAUAUCACGUUCAUGAAUAUCAAGUCUUGUGCAUAUCUUCAAUGGGUCUUAAAAGAAUCACUGAGAGUGUAUCCUGUAGUGCCAUUGAACCUCAGAAUAGCGAAUAAAGAUACUACGUUACCGCGUGGCGGAGGAAAGGAUGGAAAGAGUAAGAUUUUUGUGAGAAAGGGUGAGGGGGUUGAGUAUCAUCCCUACGCUUUGCAUAGGCGAGAGGAUAUAUGGGGCAAGGAUGCGGCAGAAUUCAAACCGGAGAGAUGGGAAGGGAAGAAGGUGGGAUGGGAAUUCUUGCCGGUAUGUUCACUGAAUCCUUUUCCUUGCUUAUGAUAUAUCACUGUUCUUUUUCGCUUUCUUUCCUCUUUUCUGUUCAACUGGUCUUUUACAGUUCAGGAUUAGUUGAGACGUUGAAAUACUCUGGAGGAAUAAUUGAUUCCAUCUUUCCCUGUUUAAAUGAUCUAUCCAAUUAUUAUCGGUUCAUCGAUUGAGAUGUCCAUGAAGGAGUGUUGGGACCGUAUAUCAUGAUUACGAACGAACUCACACUGACAUGGCAACACAGUUCAACGGAGGACCGCGUAUUUGUCUUGGACAACAAUAUGCACUUACGGAAGCAGGUGUCUUUAUGAUUAGAAUGUUGCAGAAGUUUGAUCAAAUUGAGAGUGUGGAUAAGGACAAGGUCACCUUUAAGAUGACGGGAACCAUGUGUAGUGGAAAUGGGGUAAAGAUUAGGUUGCAUGAGGCUAAGGCUUAGAGAGGAUGCAAUGUACCCUUCUAGAAGGAAUAUUGACAUCGCCAUUCGUGAUCGAUUGGCCAGCUUCAAUCACUAUGACAUGAAUUCAUCUGGGAUCUAGCGAUGGGAUCGUAUCUAUCAUGGUUUAAGAUUUUGGUCGUAUUUUAAUCAUGGUUAUCACUACUCAAAGUUGACACACUUAUUAUUUGUACUUUU